ACUUAAUAUCUGAAGUAAUUUUACUUGUCAAGUUAAAUGCAUCUCGAUUCAAGAAUGUUUAGAUAUUUAUACUAGAAAAUAAGACAAACAUACUAAGCAAGAAAAGGGUUUUUUGCAGUCUUAUAGGAAUUUGUCAGGAUUUUGGUUAAUGUUUAACUAGUUCCCUGUGUCUCAGGUGGAGCAGAUGCUCCAGAGGAACGGAGGAUUUCACCUGGAAGCACACGAGAGAGACGUCCCGGAGCAGGAGAAAACAGAGAUGAAGCUCAGUGCAACCAGACACACGGUGUGGAACGCAGGAAAACAAACACAAAUCAAUACGUUUGGAGAAACAGGAAGUGAUGUAAUGACUGAGAGACGCCUGAUCAACGGGCUUCAGUCGCAGCAGCGCGAGUGUGAGGAAGCACACUCCCGACACACACUCAACAAAGAGGGAGCUAUUCUCAGGCAGAUGAUGGAGGUGCCAGAGGUCCAGAACAGCCAGAGCUUCAGCAACACCAUCCAUCACAGUUUCAACGAGGCUUGGGAUGGCAGUGAAACUCUCUCUGGUGUAUCAUCCUAUUCCUGCCCUGAUCGUCUGGAGGACUCUUCUCUGCCUGAGCUGAGGCUGGUUCUGCUGGGUCAGCGUGGUUCUGGGAAGAGUGCGGCUGGGAACAUUAUUCUGGGUCGUGAGGAGUUUCUGACGGAGGACUCUCAGCGGUGUGUGAAGGCCCGAGCGCUCGCGGAGGACACGCGGGUGUCAGUGGUUGAUACGCCGGACUGGUUUCAGUCGGAGAGAUCUCCUGAGGAGGUGAAAGCUCAGAUCUCCUCAUGUGUGGCCCUGUUGGCCCCGGGCCCUCAUGCGUUCCUGCUCUGCAUCCCCGUUGACCAUCCCGCUCAUUCCGAGCUGCCGGCCCUGAGCGCGCUGGAGGGUGCAUUCGGACCGGACGCUGUCCGCCGGCACACGAUCGUCCUCUUCACACGCUCGGAGCUGCUGCUGUACGCAGCGGAGGUGGAGCAGGUGGAGGCGUACAUCACCUCCCGGCGGCCGGAGAUGCUGGAGCUGGUGCAGAGAUGCGGCGAUCGCUAUCAUGUCCUGCAGAGCGGCGGAGCGAAGGAGCUGCUGGAGAAGGUGCAGCAGACGGUGAGGGAGAGCGGAGGAGACUUCUACAGCGCCUCGCUCUUCCAGCAGAACCAGAUCCCGAGAGACAGAGACUGCUCUCUGCACGCUCUGAAGGAGGCUCCGGCUCCGGCUCCGACUCCGACUCCGCUCCGCUCCGUGUGGCAGACGACGAGCCGCUGCGCCAGACGCGUGCCGAAGCUGCUGGCCGCCGGGGCUCUGACGGGAGCGGCGCUCGGUGUGUUCCUCGCAGGAGCUGUAGGAGGUGCUGUCGGAGCCGUGCUGGGCUCUGUGCUCACUGAGGUUGGGAGACGGAGACUCAACAAACAGAAAACAGAGUAAGAGACACUGUGAACUGGAAAAUAAUUCCCUCGGUUGUUGUUUCUUGUAUCAUGUCGGUGCAAACUCAAUAUUAUAUGUGACCCUGGAGCACAAAACCAGUCAUAA